AUGACCGUCAGGGCGGCAGCGGCAUUUGAUGAGUUUCUCAGCCAUGCUCGCCAAAGCCACACGUGGCCAAGAACCAAUUUGUACAAGACCAAGCGCCCAAAGGCAUUUGGCCUUGCUCAAUGGCUACUUCCCGCAGACAAUCCCCUAGUCGCACAUACAGCGGAGCUUCCACCCAAUCCAUGCUUGAGAUGUGUGACUAGCGAUAGGGUGCAUUGGCCAAAAUGGUUGCAUGAGGGUGCAUUGGCCGAAACCCCUCGUUCUUCAAGAUGCUGUGGUGUCAUCCUUCACAAGCAGCCGGUUGAUGUCUUUUAA